AUGAUUACAAUUCGUUUCAGAACGACGUCUGCAAUCGAUCAUCGAAGAAAAUGGGAUAAGGACGAAUUUGAAAGGAAAGCGAAAGAACGUUUAAUACAGGAAAGAGACGAAGAAAAAGUGAAAAGGAAAUUCCCUCGCUUCCCGGACGAAGGAAAAGUUAAAAGAGAACUGCUUAAAGCGAGAGAAUAUAAGGUCGAUUUAGAAUCGAAAGUUGGGCGAACAGUUGUGAUAAACAAAACCACGCCAUCCGCUGAAACAGGUGGCUAUUAUUGCGAUGUAUGCGAUUGUGUAGUCAAGGACUCCAUUAAUUUUUUGGAUCAUAUUAAUGGAAAAAAUCACCAACGAAAUAUGGGAAUGAGUAUGAAAAUUAAGCGCAGUACAGUGGAUGAAGUUCGACAGAGAUUCGCGUUUAAGAAAUCUGAAAAGGAAAUGAUUAAGAAGGAAUACGAUUUACAGGAGAGAAUGGAAGAAUUGAAAGAAGAAGAGGCACGCAUGGCGGAUUAUAAAAGGGCAAAACGACAGGAACAAAGGAAAAGAAAAAGGGGUGUUGAAAAUGAACCGUUGGAAGAGGAUGAUGAAGUUGCAGCAGCUAUGGGUUUUGGCGGAUUUGGUAGCAGUAAGAAACCGAAUUAA